CUCUAAUUCAGUCUUAUUUUCGUUCAAUUCUCUUCACAAGUAAUAAUAAUGGCGCCAACUCCAGAUUGGGUGAAACAACUGAAACCAUCAGCUCCUCAUGGCAGUGGUCUUCUCGCCGCCGAACGCGCAAAAUCAAAUUUGCCCGUGGGAAGGCUUUCUGAACUCUUGUUUACAAAGGAAGUCCUCAACCGGAAGCAGCGUGUCCUAGAUGUCCUGAAAUCAGAGAAAGUAUUCGACAAAUCCCAGAAUUACUUUGCCGGCCGAAUUGACCGAUUUGGGACCGCACUUGCGAGAGCAAAGAAAUUACGGAAUCUAAGGUUGAAGCACGGAUGGGAUUUAGAGGACUUUAGGACCGCGAAUGAAUUGGUCAGUGAGCCGGGGCCGUAUGCAUUACAUGAUAGUAUGUUCUUGGUUACGAUAAAAGAGCAAGGCACUCCUGAGCAGCAUGACCUGUUCCUCAAGAAAGCAGAAAAGCACGGGAUUAUUGGAUGCUACGCCCAGACUGAGCUCGGCCACGGAUCCAAUGUCCGCGGUCUCGAGACUACAGCAACCUGGAAUCCGGAAGACAAAACUUUCACGAUGCAUUCUCCCUACCUCACCGCAAGCAAGUGGUGGAUAGGUUCGCUCGGGAAGACUGCCAACUACGCCGUCGUAAUGGCGCAACUCAUCAUCGACGGCAAGUCAUAUGGGCCGCAUCCCUUCGUCAUGCAGAUCCGAGACUUGAAGACGCACGAGCCUCUUGAGAACAUCCAUGUCGGUGACAUAGGGCCCAAGUUCGGGUAUAACACUAUGGAUAACGGCUUCCUUCUCUUCAAAAAUGUCAAGAUUCCUCAUAUUGGCAUGCUCGCGCGCUUCUCAAGGGUUGACCCGAAGUCAAACAAGUACGUUCGCCGCGGCUCACCGUUCCUAGUCUAUGGUACCUUGACUUGGAUUCGCUCAACAAUUGUUAUGCAAGCUGGCGGUGUUCUUGCACGCGGGGUUACAAUCGCCACGCGGUACAGCGCCAUCAGACGCCAAUUCCAAGACCGAGAUGCCCGGGAAUGGGAAGGAGGUGAGAACCAAGUGCUCAAUUACACGAUGGUUCAGAUUCGUCUUCUUCCCCUCCUCGCUGCUACGUUUGCUCUGCAUUUUACCGGUAAGUCUAUGAUGAACUUGUAUCAAGAGAAUCAGAAGAAGAUGAAUGCUGGCAUUGCAAAUGCGGAUUCAAGUAAACGAGGAGCUGGACCUGAAGAGACGGAAUCAGGAAGUGAUUUACUCGCUGAUUUGCAUGCUACGUCCUGUGGCCUGAAAGCGCUUUCGAGUACGAUUGCAGCGGAGGGACUUGAGGUGUGUCGAAGGGCUUGUGGCGGUCACGGAUACUCGAGCUUCAGCGGGAUUGGUCCUUGGUAUGCAGACUACCUCCCCACCACCACCUGGGAAGGCGACAAUUACAUGCUCACGCAACAAGUAGCCCGCUACCUCCUCAAAUCCGCCCGCUCAGUCCUCAACAAUAACGCCCCCACCAACGAUACCACCCGUAUUCUUAAAGACUUCCGAUCCCGCGCAGAUAUCGGCUGCGCCUUUGAUAUCCUUGGCUCCGACUGCGACCUCGUCUCGGCGUUCGCCUGGCGCGUUUCGUUCCUCACUUUCGAAGUACUCAAACACCGAGACGAGCAAAAGAAAGCCUGGAACGACCUACUCGUCGAUUUCUACCGUCUCAGUAAAGCACACUCGCAGUUCAUGGUCGUCAAGAACUUCCACUCCGCCUUAAGCGAGAACUCGACGCGCGAGAAACUGGACGACGACACCCUGCAAAUCAUGCACAAGCUCUUCCGCCUCUUCGCCUUACAUACGCUUGAGCAAGAAGGCUCCGAGUUCUUUGCGUCAGGCGCUUGCACGGUAAAGCAGAUCUCUCUCGCGCGUACUAAUGCCGUUAUGAAACUCCUCCAGGAUAUCCGCCCGCAUGCCGUGGGACUAGUGGAUGCGUGGGCUUUUGAUGAUUGGGUGCUAGAUAGUAGUCUUGGAAGGAAGGAUGGCAAGGUGUACGAAGAUAUGUUUUAUAGAGCAAGCGAGCUGAAUCCGUUGAAUUGGAUUACGGUGGAUCCGUACCCAGAUAGUGAGGUACUAUUUCGGAGGGAUGAAAGGAGUAAACUUUAGACCAGUGUGAUUAGG